AUGGGCCCGAGUUUGUUAGCAGGAGUGACAUUGCCCAUUGAAUUGUUGUGGCAGAGGCUCCGAUGCUUGCAGGCGCAGCAGGGCGUCGAUCAAACAGCUCUUCUGUCUAUCACCACCAUCAAUUUCUCCCUUAACCUCACCAAUCAACCCUUCCAAAAACGCUUCCCUCUUACCUUGCAACGCGAUCAGAUCCCUCUCGAUCCCCUUGUACCCGACCCGCCUCAAAAUCGGGAAAUAAUCGCAAAUCCCCUCCGACAAGCUCGGCGAGAACAUCCCACGAAUCCGCUUCAGUUUCUCCUUCCCCGAUUCACUCCCAAUUUCACCUUCCUCAACCAUCGAUUUCCCGGCGACAGCCCUCGCGACGUGAUUGAAGCUGUAGAUCAAGGCCAGCACGCGGAGGAUUUUGUGCGCUUCCUGUUGGCGGAUUUGGGCGGAAAUCUGGAGGCUGCGCGCGGAGAAGAGCUCGAUGACGCUCACUUUGCGGAUGGUCCUCCAGUAAUGGCCGUACGGCGCCCAAACGUAGGCGGUGUAGUUGUACGUCACCAGAUCUCCGGCCAUGGUCCGGGGGCGGUUGGAGAGGACGACAUCCACUCCUCGACGGCGGAUGGAGAGGAGAUGACGACGAACGAUCUGCAGCCUAGUCGGAGGGAGAAAAUCGGGCCGUGCAGGGAUGAGAGAGAAGCUAGAGAGAGGUGGAGGGAGUCCUUGAUGAGGUGGAGAUGGCCGAUUAUGGGGAGAGAGCGCGGGCUUGGAGGCGGGUUCGGGCUUUGUUGUGAAGAGUGUUUUUUGAGGAGGAUGAAGAGAGAGAGUAAAGGCAGAGCUAGCAGAAGAAGAUAA